AAGCAAUGAGGUUUACGCUGACAAUCCUGAUUUUAGCGAUAGUUUUCCUUUGCUUGCUUCAUGCAGACCAAAAGACUAAAAAGCAACUUGAAAAGCAAGCUGGAAAACCUGUGUUGAAGAAGAAGUCAGCUAUAAAAAGAAAAAAUGGCCGCAACGGAGUGACCUGGAGAAAGCAAUCAGCUGUUGUUAACUCAGGGACCUGGAGAAAGCAAUCAGCUGUUGUUAAGUCGAAGGAGCGUGUGAUAAAGGGAAAAGGAUGCGACUAUGUUGUUAUAUCAGACCUGGAAACCAAAGGAUCAGGAUGCGUAAAUGGUUCCAAGUUUGUGUUGAAAACUGCAGCAGGGGCAAGAAGACAAUUUGCCAUAUUAAACAAUAAAGCUCUUCUGUUGUAUGUAAACAAAGGAACAAAAUUUACAGAUUGUACUUCGUAUAUAGAUGUUACAGCUAAUGUAACAUGCAAGAUUUAA